AUGGAGCGGAUCGGCAGUCUGCUCUCGGUAGGUCAGCGGUGGUCCGUGGAGCCGUUUGAAGAGAACAGCGGCCCUCCGACGGACCGGCGACCGCUCCGGCUGGCCGCCCUGCACGAUCCACCGUACUUCAUCGCUAACAGACUGGCCAAUGACACCUUCAGCUACAGUGGGUAUCUGAAAGACCUGUGGGAGAUUAUUGCACGCGAGCUGGACCUCCCCUACGAGAUCAUCCCGCUGUUCGGUGGUGGGUACGGCAGUGUGGACCCGAAUGGUACCUGGACCGGCAUGGUGGGUGAACUGGCCUAUGGACGCGCCGACCUCGCCCUCACGGGUAUCAUCCACCGGCGCGACCGGGCCACAGUGGUGGAUUACAUUGACACCGUGGCCGUCUCACAGGACCGACCGACGUUCUACGUGCGCCGGGACGCGGCGGCGGCGCCGCGACUGUCGCUGGCAGUGUUCGACGCCCUGCUGCGGCCGCUGCACGCGCACAUCUGGUGGCUGCUGCUCGCCUCACUGCUGGUGACGUCACUUGUUCUCCGUGCCACUGUGCGCUUCAACCACGCCGGCAGCGAGACGCGGCGCACAGCGCGAGAGAUGAGCUGGGCCUGGUGCCUGCUGCUCAGCUUCAUGACGCUGGUCAACCAGGGCUGGGCGAGGACGCCCGACUCGCUGGCAGCCAGAGUCGCAACGCUGGCCGGAUGGAUCCUCGGCAUGCUGGUGUACUACACGUACACGGCCAACCUGAUCUCGCACCUCACCGUCACCACUGUGGGCCGGCCCAUCAGCAGUCUGAGGGAGUUCAUAGAGCAGCCCGGCUGGACGUUCGCCAUGGAGCCCGGGUACGGCAUCCUCAACACGUGGAAGACGAGCAGUGACCCUUACGAGCGCGCCCUGUACGCCCGCACCGUCACCGGGGAGGGCUUCCUCGGACUUGAAGUCGGCGGGGAGGUGAUGCGCCGCACCACGGAGCCCAAGAUGAUGACCUACAUCGACAUCGACAGGCUGCUGAAAUUCAUCGGCUCAGAGGGGUGCCAGAUGGUGUCGCUUCUGGCCAACCUUCCGCCGAAAACCAACAAUUACAUGAUUAUAGCCAAAGGAAGACGGCAGUUGCGGGAAGAUAUUAAUCACCUCAUGGAACACCUGAAUCAUGUACAUAUUUGAGCGUAAGGAGCUACACUGAACUGUCGAAUGUUGAGUGAUGCAUGUC